AAAGCAUUUGACGAAGAUGGCAAGCUGGUUCGGUUCGAAUCCGUUGGAUGAGCAAGUCGAACGUGCGACGUCGGAGUCAUUGCCCGCUGGGGCCGAAGACCUCGCCUUAUCGCUCGAGAUAUGUGAUCAGAUUCGAAGCAAGACCGUCGAUUCAAAGACUGCUAUGCGGUCCCUGAAGAAGCGGAUCAACCACAGAAACCCGAAUGUGCAGAUUGCCGCUUUGAAGUUGACGGAUGUAUGCGUCAAGAAUGGAGGUAAUCAUUUUCUAACAGAGAUUGCUUCGAGAGAGUUCAUGGACAACCUGGUAUCUCUGUUAAACGCAUCGGGCGGUCUCAAUCCCGACGUCAUGUCCAAAGUCCUUGAGUGCAUCCAGACUUGGGCAAUCGCCUUCCGUGGGAAAUCUCAUCUGGACUAUGUCCAACAUACACAAUCUUCUCUUGCCUCCACUGGCUUUCAAUUCCCUUCCGUCACCGAAAUCACCUCAUCAUUCGUUGACACCGCAGCACCGCCAGAUUGGACAGAUUCGGAUGUAUGUAUGCGUUGUCGAACGACAUUUACCUUCACCAACCGUAAGCACCAUUGCAGAAACUGUGGUAAUGUCUUUUGCGGGGCGUGCUCGAGCAAGACUAUGGCAUUGCCGCAUCUGGGAGUAAUGCAGGCUGUAAGGGUAUGUGACGGAUGCUACCAGAAGAAACAGGAGACGAUCAAGGCAACCCCACCUAAGGCACAACCCACACCGAGUGGACCACCCCGCUCACUAAGAUCUGGAGGCGGACAUAUGCAACCGAGAUCGGCGCGUGUCGUAAACGACGACGACGAUGCAGAUUUCCAGACGGCGCUGAAGAUGUCACUGGAGGAGUCAAGACGUGGAAAUGGUGUUUCGAGUGGAUAUGUACCGAAUAUAGGCAACAGCAGCAAUCCGUUCGUGCCGGCCACGAACAACCCACCUGCUAGCACUGAUGAGGAAGAUCCGGACUUGAAGGCGGCGAUCGAAGCAAGUCUUCGUGAGGCACAAGCUCAGAGCGCUCGUGCGGCUCACGUACACCAAGCCUCUGCUGCUCAAUCGGCACCUGCACCGCAACCACAAUCACAACCACCAGCACACGAGCUAACACCAACAGAAGCCGAGAACAUCACGCUCUUCGCAACCCUCAUCGACCGCUUAGCCGCUUCUCCUAACCCAGCAGCAAUCCUCUCCGACCCACAAAUCUCCUCUCUACACGACUCAAUCUCAUUACUCCGACCAAAACUAGCACGGGCAAUGGGCGAGUCGGUCAGAAAAUACGAGACUCUAGUCGAUAUGCACGCGAAGCUCGGAACAGUGGUGCGAUUGUACGACAGAACGCUAGAGGAGCAGUUGAGGAGGGCGUAUGAGAGACACAGUGUAAGUGGGUAUGCGCAGCCUGCGUUUGGAGCAGCGCCGACGAUGAGUCCACAGGCUACGGGAGGGUACUAUGGACAGUCACAAGCACCUCCGCAGGCGUAUCCUGGAAUGCCUGAUAGGCAGUACUCUACUGGUCCUGCGGGGUACACGAGCCCACCGCCUAUGGAUGGGCAGCAUGACCCAUAUGCCACGCAGGGAUACGGGCCGCCGCAGGUCGCUCGUCCGGGUCCAUUUGGACAGGCGGCAUAUCCUCCGCCCAUGCCGCCCAUGUACACCGGAGGCUCGCAGCAUGCCGCUCCAUCAGGUCAAGCACCUCUGCAAGCUGCACACACUGGUGGCUCGCAACGUGAAUUCUACUCUAGCCCUGAUCCCAGGCCUGUCGAAAAUGGCGGGUACCAUCCGCAGAUGCCAGCAGCUCCUCCUCUGGAUGGAAUGGCUCCUCAGCACUCAGGAUACGGUAACGCACCACCGGUGGAGGAUGCACAGCGGGCAUGGCAAGAUCAGCAACUGCAGAGAUCUGGGUCGUACUAUGCAGCAGAGCAGGCGCCAUCAGCUCCGCAAGGGGCAUUAGGUGAGCUGAACGCACUGAACACUUAUCAGACUCCUCCUGCGGGAUUGGAGGUCGUGGAGCAUGGAGGACACCAGGCGUGGCAGCAGACGAAGCCUACGCCUCAGCCUCAGGAGGGGUCUCUCAUCGAUUUGUGAGAGUACAGGAAAUUUCUGUGGAUUAGGUUAGCUUUAGGAUAGGAAUGUCAUGGUGUUGAG